AUGGAGUCUUUUGAAGGACCUAGUCAGGCUAACUUAUUAGAAGUCCCCACUGUAAAUGAUUUCUCUUCAGAGGAUGAAGAUAUUAAAUCUGAUAUUAAACAUCGCUUCUCUCCACGCCCCCGAAGGAGGAAUUCUGCUUCUUCAGAGGAAGAGGAGGCAGAAGCCCCCACCACCAUAGCAAGAAAAGUUUCAUUUGCUGAUGCAUUUGGGUUUGAUCUUGUGUCUGUUAAAGAAUUUGAUACCUGGGAAAUUCCAAAUAUAGGACAAAACAAUUACAUAGAAGAUGAAGUUUUCCCUCAAGAGGAAUAUUUUUUCUCUCAAUUGUUUACAUUACCUGCUUCACAAGAAGAACUUUUGCAGAAAGUGCGAGAGCAGAAAGUACAAUUGGAGUCUGUCAUGUUCCUGCCUGGGAUUACCUGUAUGAAUGGUAUUAUACGAGUCCUCAAUGUAUCCUUUGAAAAAAUGGUGUAUGUUCGAAUGACACUGAAUAACUGGCUCAGUUAUUAUGAUAUCCUUGCAGAGUUCUUGCCUAAUUCUUGUGGUAAUGAAACCGAUCAGUUCUGCUUUAAGAUUUCUUUGGUGCCUCCUUACCAGAAAGACGGAGCUAAGGUGGAGUUCUGUAUACGCUAUGAGACAUCGGUCGGUACCUUCUGGGCAAACAACAACAAUGAAAAUUACACACUGAUUUGUCACAAGAAAGAAACUGUACCCACGGUGGAUAAUAAAGCACAUGCAGAGGCUACUGAUAGACAACUUAAAGGCUGCUUAAAGAUGACACAAAACAGCAAAGAAGAAACGUUGGCAACAUCUGUUGAAGACACAUGGAAUAAUUCAAGGACUUCAGGCAAAAAUGUCCCAAAGAUUGUUUAUUCACAAGCAGAAGACAAAAACACCAAACCAGCUAAUGAAAACAUAAAAGAUAAAAACGCAGAAUACAACCAGGGUGAUCAUGAAGAUGAUGAAAAAGAAUUAGAGUUGCUGCUAAACCAGCACUUCACAGGAGCUAGAGGUAUCUCUUCCACAGAUGAAAGGAAUUUAUACACAACAGAACCAGUUAAUUUUCCAAGUGAAAAUGAAAGAUUGGAGAAAAAGCUAACCUGUAUAGAAAGAAGCAGUCACUUCCAUCCUGUGCAUAUCAGUUCCUCAUCUGAAAACACUUCACAAGAGAUAGGAGGAGAAUUAAAAGAUAAAGUUAAGUAUUCCCUGAGUGAUUAUAAUAGUCAGUCAUUGGGGAAGGAAGUCACUACUGCCUCAAUAAACAGCCAGAAGUGGUCUUUGGAAUGCACUGGUACCAGUGAAAGCCUUUUUUUGGCAAAAUAUGUUCCUGGGAGAAAUCAGAGUGAGGCUAUCGAUAUGGCUACUGACUCAAGCCGACAAGGAGGGAACCACACAGAUAUUUCAAAAGGUGAAACAGAUAGUGCCUCAGGAAGCAAGAGGAUGGAGAGGCUAUUCAUCAGUGAGGAUAACUUGGAAGGGGCCUGUGAAAUGAGACCAGAAACCAUGUCUCCAGUGCAUGAUGAAUCCAUGCAAUUAAAUGCAGGCAUAGCAGGGACGCUGGAUGGCAAUGCUAAUCCAGCUCCAGAGCACCAGGCACUGCAAAUGUCUCACCAAAUGCUGGAUUCAUUGUUGUCAGAUGCUGACAAAAAUGAAGGAAAAAUCAAAAUGAUUGAAAGCAAAGUUCGGGUACAUUUGAAAGGAGAUUUAUAUGCUGACACUUUUGCACAUGCAGAUAUCUCAAUAGAUUCCACAAAAAGCCUAUAUGCUAAAAAAACCCAAGUUGGUGAAAUGUCAGGAAACAACUCUAGCACUGAUGCAGGAAAGGAGAAGAAAGUAAUUGAAGUAGCAGACUUAGCACUAAUUGGAGAGGAAGAAGCACCCAGGCCUUUCAAGUCACAUAGAAAACACUCAGACAAAGCACUGAACACAAUGCCUCUGUCAGCUGAAGACAACAAGCAGGCACCCAAGCUUGCAUGGGCAGAUCCCCUGGCAUCCUCUUCAGGAGAUGAAAGAAGAUCUGGAGACACUGGAGAACACAGAGAAUUCAUGAAGUUAAGAGACAGAAGGAACUCAGACAACACAAAUAAAGGAAGACUGAUAGGAAAGGAAAGCGAAGCAAACCCCACGGAGCAGCGUUGGCAAGAAAUGGGUGGAGAGGUUCGGUGGGGAGAGAGUGGGAACACAGGGCCUCAGAGCAUGGCUUCCACAAAGGAGCUGUUUAUCUGCCAGGAGCCAGAGAGUUGUAAAACGUCUUCUGUCUCUGAGCACAGUAUUACAGAUGAAGCAGAGGCAGGUACAGCUUAUAUAAUUAAAACAACAUCAGAAAGUGCUCCAGAAAAAAUGUCUGCCAGUGAAAAAAGAGUAAUUGCUAAGCUACCUCAAGAGACUGUGCUAAGUGACAGGUCCACAGAGGAAAAGGAAACAGCGUUUGAUACACAUGAAGGGAGAAAUGAUGGUUCACAUUAUGCUCUUUGUCAACUCAACACAGUGGGUGUAUUAUACGACACCGAAUUUGAAAAGGAAUCAGUUUUAGAUAUUUAUAAUGCAAGUGUACCUGAAACACUGCAAGGAGAAACGAUGUCUAUAUGCAAUAGCAGGGGAAAACGUGCCAAAGCACAACCAGACAUCGGCAACAUUUCUCCUGCCAGAGAAGAAGUAAAGGCUUUUGCCGCAGGAAAGAAAGAAGGUUCUGAGCAGAGUUUAUAUUCAGAAGUAUCUAAAUGUUCCCAGAAAGAUCUCUACAGUGAGGAGGCAGAAGAGCUCUGUAGGGAAAAAAGUCAUGUUGGCACACUUUCCUAUUUACAUACUAAAGCUGAAGCAAAAAUACCACCUUCUCAUACAAAUGCUGUGCCCAGUUACCAUUACAAAAGCUCUUUGGUGGUAUCGUCUGAAGGGUCCACUGUGGCGGGAAGUAUGGAGCAUCUGUAUAGAAACUAUGAAUUCAAAGUCAUUGACAAGGUUGCUGCUGACUCAGGAUACAAUUUAAGUCUAACAAAUGAAAUCACACGUAUUAAUAAAAACCUCUCUCCUGAAAAAAACGAAGUGCCUUCCACUUCAGACAUAGCAAUUUCUAGAGAAGGAAGAGGAAGGAAUAUAGGUCAAUGUUUCCAUCAAGCAGAGUUCAAACAAGAGAAACCAUUGAGGCCAGAGGUUUUAAUUAGUAAGCUUACUGAAGAAGUUGGAGGGACAGACUCUCAAUCUCACUGUUUAAUAGCUGAGGGGAAAACAUUAAACUGGCUUGAUGACUCACAGAAGGAAAGCCAUCACAUUUCCGAUUCUGCAGAUAUUUCUAACAGGAAGAGUGAAGCACUGAAGACACCAAGCGAACUUCCAAGUUUGAAACAUAUUGCUCGCAAAAUAUUUUAUUUCUUACUCUUUCUUCUAUUUGCUGCGGCACUCUACCACUAUGAUUUCAUGGUUUGUCUUGCACUCUACUUGUUCUCCUUGUAUUGGCUGUACUGCAAAGGAGGAAGAAACAACGAGUCUGCCAAGAAGGAAUAACAUUAUUUGAUUGUCAGCUGUGCUCAAGAUCAAUGGUCAAUAGUCUCCAACCCCUCCAAAGCAUUUUCCUUGUUAGAACCAAAGCAAAUCUUCCACUGAAGCAUCUUUUUUUUAAAAGAUUACAUACGAAGUUGAGCCUUCCUAUAAGUAAUUAUACUAUAUAGGACCAUUAUGUUUGGAUCAUUAAAUACCUAUAUGAAUAUGAGUUCUGAAGCACAUCAAGUUAAAAUGAAGUACAGCUGUUGCUCCUUAGCAGAAUGUGGAGGAGUAAUGCUUCAUAUCUCUCAAGUACUUAAACCCACCAUUUUCUUGCAUUAAUUUCUUUUGCAGUAAAGCUUUGUAAUUUUUCUGUGAUUUUUUUUCCUAAGAUUUUGUGUAGUACAUAACCACACAAGGAACAAUGUAAAAUAACUCAGUAUUUUUGUUCCAACAUUGGAGCUGAUAAUCUGCUGUAAUGAGCCAGUGCUCAUAAGUUGUUUUUUUUUUCCAAAUUUUCAUUUAAUUGUUUUUACUUAAAGCUCCAGUGCUACCCUUGUUUUAAAUAUGUAAGGCUUUGAUUUCAAUAACAUCAUGUAGCUUUCAGGAUGUAACUUCACAGCAGAAAAGGUGUGCUGUUUCCACCCUGAAGAGAUUGAAGGCUACAGCUGCAGGCCUCUUACUAUUCACCCACAUACACAAAUGCUUUUGGGUUUUGUAAAUGAGAACUGUGUAACACGACAGAAUUUCACUGAAUGAAAUGUUAUUCCAGACAAAGCAUUGAGUGAGGUUUUUUUCCUCAGUGUUGGUAAGCAUAUCUACAAAGUGUUAAAUAAAUUUUACAAA